GUGGAAAUAGGGGAAGGGGUCAGAUUUAUCCUGAUGGUAGCAAAAGUAACAAUACAGUUUAUAAUGCUACGGCAGGAGGGAUAAUAAGCAAAAUUUUACGAAAAGAAAAAGGGGGAUACGAAAUAACCAUAAUGGAUGCAUCGAAUGAACGCCAAGUAAUUGAUAUUAUCCCUCGAGGCCUAGAACUUCUUGUUUCAGAGGGCGAAUCCAUUAAACUCGAUCAACCAUUAACGAGUAAUCCUAAUGUGGGUGGAUUUGGUCAAGGGGAUGCGGAAAUA